AUGGCAAUGACCGACACCAGACCGGGAGUGCCAGUGCCAGUGCCAGCGCCAGCACCACCACGGACCUACGCACCGCGAACGGCCGUCCCGAUCCGCGCGGGCAUGCCGCGCCGCAUCGAUAUUGCUGACGUGACGCCCAACAAUGUCGGCCAGCUGCGAAAGCUCAACAGCGUCCUCUUUCCUGUCCGGUUCAGCGAACGGUGGUACAAGGACGUGCUCGAGGCACAGGUGGCCGACGUGUCCAAGUUUGCGCUCUUCAAUGAUAUCCCCGUCGGCAAUGUCUGCUGCAGAUUCGAGAGACUCGAAAACAAGGACGAAGCGAAGCUCUACAUCAUGACGCUCGGCUGUCUUGCGCCAUAUCGGCGAAUUGGCAUCGCUAGCAAGCUCCUCGAGCACGUCCUCGAGCACGGCGGACCCGGCAAGACCGUGACAUUCCACGACAACAGCGACAAGGCCAAGGGCGACGAGAAGGCAGCGCAAGGCGCAUCAGCGAAGAAGGGCCAAGCAAAGAAAGACGAGGACAAGAAGAAAAAGGGCGAAGAGAGAAGAAUCGUUGCCGUCUACCUCCAUGUUCAGACGGACAACGACGAGGCAAAGCUAUUUUACGAGAAGCACGGCUUCAAGGAGGUCGAGCGACUCGACGAAUACUACCACCGAGGCAUCGAGCCGCGGAGCGCGUGGGUGCUGGAAAAGAGGCAGUGAUGAUGCCGCCCGAUCCAGCCACUGUUUUAUGAGCAAUGACAAAAGACUGCUUGUUCAUUGCAUGCACUGUGCGCACACAACAGUAGGAGGGGAGAAUUUGACGCGUCAUUUGUGGCUUUUCUGCCUUCCUCCUGCCCAUCUACCACAAAUCCCAAGCAUGAACACCUCCUAUGACGGAAUGAUGAGCCAAACUCACCUUCUUCGUCUUGAAUUGAGCCGCUCUCGGCCGUCUUCUCCACUCCGACGAGCAGGGAAAAGGCAGAUACGGAAAACUUCCUCAUUGACAGUCCUCCGUUCAUCACAAGAUAGGUGAUCUCUCACCUGCCGUACAAAAAAGGAAACGAAUUUUCAGGGUGCGCGAUCCUUCCUCGCCCGUGCGCGAUUAGCAGGGGAGGGGGUCCCUAUGUUAACAUUUGCGUUGAUGAGAUCGCUGAGCGAGAAGCCGCCUUUCAAAUCGCCUUGAUCCUUCCUUUCUGAUUCACACGAACAUUGCCGGCU